AUGUCUAAAGCUUGCAAACAGAUUGCAUAAUUGCUGCCUUUUCAAUCGAUGUGGCAUCUAUUGCUUAAAUAGGAGAAUCUCUUUUUUUAUAUGUUGAUGCUCUAAUCGAUGUUUGGUUAAAAUAUUAAAAUGCUCUUGGAGUUAAUAAUUGAAAGGUUUGCACCUAUCACGUAGUUUUAAAUUUAGUUCUUAAAUGCUUGUACAUUGGUGUUUUCUCAAGACACUUACCUCUUGUCAGAUGUGAUCAAAAGCCAACUUCCAAAUAUCUAUAAAGAGUGUAUAACCUAACUACAAUUCUUUAUCAAACAAAUCCCUAAAAAUGAUUCCAAAGAAGGUUAGUCAGUUGCAGAAUAAAUUGCUUAGGCUUACAAAACUAUCUUAGGAAAUAUCCACGAUUAGAAGGUUACCAUCGAACUCUAUACAAGUCUCCAGCAGAUCGUGCAAAAAUGGCCUUUAAUACAUGAAAUCAAUCCCUUAGUUUUCCAUGAAGUUGAAGAAAUAAUUGCAAUGAGAACUCCAAGAAAUGUGGAGAUCUAAUUCUACGAAGAACCAACUGAAUGUGACAGUCCUACCAAAUCGAACUCAAUUCGAAAGGAAAAUCAGAUCGUAGUGGAAUUAUAGAGGUGGCUCAGUAAAAUGAAUUAUCCUAUUCCCGUAAUCUCCAAAAGAAUUGCCAGCAGUGUAAUAAACUCAUAGAACAUGUUCAAAUUGAAAGAGAAUAUUGAGAUAAUGCUCUCAUUUAUCUAUUGUCCAUUGAAAUAUGACCCUGCUAAUUGUUGGAUGAAGGUUGAAUUCGAUCACAAAAUCAGUUUAAAAGACAUACCCAAUCUUAAGGAUUGCUAUUCCUUACAAUCCCCUGCUCACAUUUAUCACAUCAGAUCAAUUAGAUCAUUACAGAGUUUAACUGACGAAGAGAACCAUUAAAUUAUCGCAAAGGUCAAUCCAGCUUAUUUAAAAAUUGCUUUUUCAUAUUUGGCGGAAUGCAUAAAUGAGGAUCACUUAAAAAAUUGUAACUUCAAUCAUUUAACUUAAUUAAUGAUAUUUUAUUUAGAAAAAGAAUAAGACAUUUCAAUUUACUUCUGUUUACAUUAUAAUAUCCCUUAUGCUUUUUUUUACUACAUCAAUUAUGAGCAAUCCUCUACAUUUCUCAUUAAUCUCUUCUUAUAAAUUAAUUCUUUGGGCCAUUUUGUUACAGAACAUCAAUAAAAAUUGUAUGAUCAAGUGUGGUCCUAUUUUAAGGCAGCUAAACUGUUUGAAGAUAUUGUUAAUUUACUAUUGAACCCAAAAAGUAAAUAGGAUUUGUUAUUUAAAUGCUCAUAAAACUUUAGGAAUAACAAUAUGCUUGAAGCCUUCACUCUACAUCCAGAUUUCCAUUUGAAAGAAAAAGUCUAUUAGUAAAACGAAAAUAAUUUUAAUUUUACUGUUGAAGAAAAGAUACACUUAAAAUGGGACAUAGAUUAACUUAAGCCAUUUGUCCAAAAGAAGACCAUCAAAUAAUUAUCUUUUUUCAACAAAGUUUCAAAUAAGAUUUUACCCCCAGCCAAUGAAAAACCAGCAUCUAUGAUGGAUGUUAUCAGAGUGGCUAUCUAGAAUGCAGAAAUCAUCAACGAACCUCAUAAAAAGAGAUAAUCAAGAGCCACUAGAGAAAAGUUAAUAGUGUUAAGGAGUGCUUCAGUAAUGUUCGACUUAGAUGAAUAAGAUUCAGUGAAGGAUCCAUUUGUUCCUUAUAACUACAACCCUAAUCCUUUAGAAUUAAGAGUUGAAACCAAGGAGAGCAAUACAAAGUAUGAUUAAAAAUCAGUUUCAUUUAUUAAGGAUAGUCAUAAAAAUAUACAGAAAAAGCAUUCAAGAAAUAUGUCAUUUUAAUUGUAUCCUUUGUCACUGAAAGAUGUCACACUUGGCAAAUGGGAUCACGAAUAAAAAUAAGAUCAAUAUCAAAUAGAGAAUUUAAUGAAGGAUGAACCCUUUUGUUAUAACCUACUUUAGUUUUUAUCAACAAUAAUUUAGUAAUUGAUCUUAGGAGAUCAUAAGUUAUUUUCCAAGACUCAUAGUAUGGGUAGCAGACAAUAAUUGUUGGGAACCAUCUUGCUGGAUGAAAAUUGUAAAGUCUUUGACAAUCUAAUGAAGAUAUACUUGUUUAAGAUUAAACUAACUCCAUAUGUAAAAGAAAAUAGUUCGGUCAUUUGUGGAUAACUAGUCAAUCUUAUUAUUAAGAAGAAGCCUGAAUAUAUGAACUUCUAAGAUAAUGGCUAAACCUAUAUCGAUUAUCUGUGUAAAGUGAUCAUCAACUCUUUAUCAUGGAAAACCUCCUCAACCUAAGUUAUUGAAUUGGACAUCAGUAAAACCUUGCUUUGUGAAACACUUUAUCUAUUAAUUGAAUAUGGGAUGAGCAGAGGACAAACACAAUUACUGAAUAGGAUAACUGCUACCACUUGGAGUUGUCUAAUAGAAAUCUGCAAAUAGUGCUUCCCCAUUCGACCCAAUCAAACCUUUUAAGGGAUAUUUACCAAACUUUUGAAAUUAAAUUUGGAAUUUGGAUCAGAAUUCAACAUCCAUACGAUAUUUAUGAAAUUAAAUUUAUUGAGUGUGGUUAAAUAAUUGGCAGAACUGACACAAUCAAAUUAGGUGUAAAAUAAGAAAUUUAAUUAUUUAAAUGAAUUUAUAAAGUCAAUUUGCAAUUUGAUAUGCAAAUUUAUUAAUAAACAAUCAUCAAAGGAAUGUUUUAGAAUUAUUUAAAGUCUUGAUUCAUGGAAUUACCUUAAAUAGCAAUAUAAAAUUAUAACUCAUAACCAUGCCAAUAGUUUUUAUAGUGUGGAUUCGAGAUAAAUUAAUAAUUCAACUCCAGCAACAAGUUAGAGCUUUACAAAAAUCAGAAUUCGAAAAUCUAACCAUUCCCAACUAUCAAAAGAAUGA